UAUAGAGAGAAAGCGAAUGAUUGAAAUUGCUCAACUCAUGAACUCAACUCAAUUCGUUCUCGGUUCGGUUUUUUUUUCUGAAUCUGAAUGACAGGGAUUGCUCCUACAAAAUUAACCUAGUGCUACUAAAAAUAGCUGAUUGUUCAUACUUAUGUUAAUUCUGCGGUAUUUGAUUUCCUUAGAACAGUUUUUAAGGUUAUUAUUUGUUAUUAUCUAAUAAAUGAAACAGUGACACAAAGUGGAUUUCUACAUUUCGGUUCGAAAUAAAUCCUGUAGUGAAUUUGACGUGUGGAGAAAAUUACGGGAUACGGUAGCUCCAGAAAUAUAUAUUUGAUAGUAUCGUAGAAUAUUUGAUAGUAUUUUGUGUAAUUUACGAUACAAACAAUGUCGUACCCUCCACCAAAUCAACAACACGGUGCUUACCCAACACCUUAUAAUAGCAAUUAUCCUCCCGCACCUGCCCCAGGUUACCCAACGCCUAAUGCUCCAGGCUAUGCACCAGUUCCGCAAGGUUACGGCCCACCCCCUCCUCAAGGCUAUCAACCACCCCCAGGUCAAUACCCUCCAGGACCUGGAUAUGGCGCCCCGAUCACGAAUCAGCCGAUGGGCCCAGCUGGUGGCUGGAUGAAUAUGCCGCAAGGCAUUCCCAACUGUCCGCCAGGCUUGGAAUAUCUUACUAUGAUUGACCAACUUUUAGUACAACAAAAGGUUGAAGUUCUUGAAGCUUUGACUGGCUUUGAGACCCAAAAUAAGUAUACAGUUAAGAAUAGUUUAGGUCAAAAAGUUUACUACGCAGCUGAAGACUCCGAUUGCUUGACAAGGAAUUGUUGUGGUCCCAUCAGACCCUUCGAUAUGAAAAUUCUGGAUAAUUACAGGAACGAAGUUAUACAUCUCCACAGACCAUUGGCGUGCGAUUCCUGUUGCUUUCCAUGUUGCUUACAAAGUAUGGAAGUAUCUUCACCACCUGGCACAAUUGUCGGUACCGUUGAACAAGAAUGGAGCAUUUUCUGUCCCACUUUCGCAAUAAAGAAUGCCAGUGGAGACACCGUUUUAAGAAUCGAAGGACCAUGUUGCACCUGGAGCAUUUGUGGAGACGUGGAGUUCAAGAUAAUGUCAGGAGACGGUGCUGUGCAAGUCGGGAAAAUUUCCAAGCAGUGGUCUGGAUUGAUGAGGGAGAUGUUCACGGAUAGUGACUAUUUUGGUAUAACUUUCCCCAUGGAUUUGGAUGUCCGUAUGAAAGCUGUCAUGUUGGGCGCAUGUUUCUUAAUUGAUGCCAUGUUCUUCGAAAGUACUCAAAAGGACAGCUCAUCAAAUUUAUAAGCCUAAGAAGUACCUCCUUAUAAAUGAAUAUGCUUAUUACAGUGUCUUAUAAAUUUUUUACGAUAUUAACGCUUUUUAACCUAAAACUUUUACCCGAAAAGUAGUCGGCUAUUAUAUAUUUAUAAAUUAUGUAUUUACUCAAUAUUUCUAGGCGACGAGGGUGUUGAUUAUGCCAGUGGCAGAUCCAGCAUCGUCAAGAGGGGGGCCGAUUGGCUAAAUUUCUAUGAAAAUUAAAUGAAUAAAUGAAUGUUUUUAUAAUCUUUAUAUAUAACUUUGUUUGAGAGGUGGGGCCGAUCGCCCUCCCUGGAUCCGCCACUGGAUUAUGCACUUUUACGUCCCCUGGAUAUCUACACGCUUUUUGUUUUUUGGUGCGUAGAUUCGAUUUUUCGAGGAUACCACGCCGAAAAAAAAAUCGUCAGAUAAUUUGUUAUUAAAUUUUUUUAAUUGUUUAAUUGAUUGUAUCUCCUAAACUAUUAGAGAUAUUUAUUUUUACCAAAAUUAAAAUUGUUCUUUUUGAAAAAUUUAACAAAAUGGCGUUUGGUAAACUUUGAUCCGCUUGUUAGAACCGGAGUUAUAACAAAUUUCGUGAAAAAUAAUUGCAAAAUACGCAUUUCGUGGGGCUUUUCCAAGUAUAACUCAACUUUCAUACGUACGAUUCACUUUCAAACCCCAUCAUUUUAAAAGUAAUUGUUUCAACUUUAAAAAAACUUUGCAAGAUUACUUUAUUUUUAUUAAUCUUCUUCUUCAAGUGCCAUCCUCGUUCCGAAGGUUAACGAUCAUCAGGGCUAUACGUAUUUUCGAAACUGCUAACCGAAACAAUUCGUUGUUGCUACAGCUAUACCAUUCCCGUAGAUUCUUUAGCCAGGAGUUUCGUCUUCUUCCUAUGGACCUUUUUCCUGCUAUCUUCACCUGCAUAAUUAUUCGAAGCAGUUCAUAUCUUUCGCCUGUUGUAAUGUGUCCCAAGUAUUGCAGUUUUCGUUUUUUGAUCGUAAAUAUGACUUCUUUUUCUUUAUUCAUUCUUCUCAAGACCUCGACGUUUGUGACUCUCUCCGUCCAUGAUAUUCUCAAGAUUCUGCGAUACAUCCACAGUUCAAAUGCCUCCAAUUUUUUGGUAUCAAUCUUUUUCAGCGUCCAUGACUCCAUUCCGUAAAACAGCACAGAAAGUACGUAACAUCUCAUCAGGCGAAGUUUCAUUUGAAGGCUCAAAUCUCUUCCACAGAACACUCUCUUCAUUUUACUGAAUAUGGAUCUGGCUUUUUCUAUUCUUAUUUUGAUUUCUGCUGAGCUAUCGUUGUCUUCAUUUAUAAAAGUGCCUAAAUAUUUGUAUUUGCUAACUCGAUCGAUAAUUUCAUUGUGUAAAUAUAAAUUUUGGACAUUUCGUGUUGAUUUCGAUAUUACCAUAAAUUUAGUUUUCUUUAUGUUCAAAGAUGGUUCAUAUUCUUCGCUGCAGUCUGCUAUCUUAUUCACCAAUGUCUGUAGCUCUUCAAGUGUUUCUGCGAUCAGAACGGUGUCGUCAGCAAAUCUCAGAUUGUUUAAUCUAACACCAUUUAUUUUAAUACCAUUUUUUUAUUUAUUUUAAUAUUUUAAUAUUUAUUUAUUAUAAUAAUAUUUAUUUAUUAUAAUAAUAUUUAUAAAACAAUAAUAUUUAUUUUAAUAAUAAUUAUUAUUUUAAUAUUUAUUUUAAUAUUUUAUUAAUUUUAAUAUUAAUACCAUUUUUAUUAAUAAAAAAGUUUAAUAAUUCAACAUUAAAAAUUUCACUAAACAUUUUGCGAUUUAAUUUGUUUAUAAGAGAUUCAAUCUUUGAAAAAUUGGUUAAUGAAAGUUAUAGAACAACUCAAAAUAAACCUUUUAAGAUUUGCUAAAUGUUUCUAUAUUAAUUUUUUGGCGAGAUAUUGAAAAUUGAUUUACGCGCGCCUGCAUAUGCUGCGCGUGCGCCUCAGAACGCGUUAUUAAAAGUUCUAUAUCUUGGUCAAAAAUUAACAUAGAAACACUUACCAAAGCUAAAAAUGUUCGUCGUGAGUUAUUCUAUAAUUUCUAUUAACCAAAUUUUCAGUUUAUAGCUUAAAUUUGUUUAAAUCUCUUAUAAACAAAUUAAUUCGCACCAUUUUAGUGAAAUUUUUAAGUUUAAGUUUAAUUGUUAUAACUUUUUUAUUACAAAGAUAAAGUAAUUUAGCAAAAAUUUUUUUAAAGCUGACAUUAUUACGUUUAAAAUGAGGGGCGUUUUGAAAAUUAAUCGUACGUAUGAAAGCUGAGUUAUACUUGGAAAAAUCCCAUCGAAUGCCUAUUUUGCAAUGUUUUUUCACGAAAUUUGUUAACUCCGGUUCUAACAAUCGGAUCAUAGUUUAUUAAACUCCAUUUUAUUCAUUUUGUCAAAAAUAGCAAUUUUCAUUUUGGCAAACUAAAUAACGGAAAAUUAAAUAAAUGGAAAACGACAAGGUACCAAGGGGACAUACAAGUGCAUACUCAACCCCUUUGCUCCUAGAGUAACAUGGUUCAUUUUUAGCAGAAAUUAUAUAAAAUCAAAAAUGUGAACUUUUACUUAAAAUUCUGAGUUUUUACUCGAGUGUUUGUAUCCACAAGAUUUUAGUGUGAGUUUUGAAUAGAUCUUCACUUUAUUAUACGGUUUACCAGUAAGUUAUUUAUGAUUAUGUUAUACAGAUCGCACCCCGACUUCGUUAGUGCCAUAACCCCGAAAUGAAAUCGCCAACUUUUCAGGAGAGCAAAAACAAGAUUUUAGGUGAACUCUUCAUUUUUUUUCUCUGCAAAUUCACUAUCUAAGUUAACCAAAUUCUGCUCUCAUAUUGAUUAUGUGUGUAGCUAUCGAAUGCUAAUAUUUAUUUUUAGUAAUUGACAUUGGUUUACCCUGAAAUUCACCCUUAAAAUAUAAGGCGCUAUUGCUAAGGCACCCAUAUACAAAAUUCGAGGAUUAGGGCGUAUCAACCCGCCUUAUCACAAACAAAUACAUUAUCACAUUAGGGCAAUAUUCAAAAAUGAACGGUACUUACCACACAUCCACUCUCGACCACCGUGUAACGCAAAAUCGUUUGUGGCGGGGUUGCUAAUGCUGGGAGCGCCAAAACCGGAAAACGUAAUAACGACACAGGCGCAAUAUCUAGAUUUUAAGAUAACUAAAUUAUAUGACAUUACUCGAUAAUGAAGACAACGAUUAAAGGGAACGUGUUAGGCCAAAUAUUGGCAAGGAACCGCAAAGUGGGCGACGCCUGGUGGCGAAUUUGAAAAGCAUCGACUCUAGGAAAACAUUGACUUUGCCAUUAAUUUGUGUACAUAUUUGCGGUCAGUUUAUGUUGUAAUUAACAAGGAUUUCGACUUAAAAAAACUAUUGCAGUGUUCCUCAGUAUUCAUUCCUAUUAUACUCUACGUAAUAACCUAAACUAACCAAUGCCAAAUCACACAUUUUGUUAAUUUAACGUUUGUAUUAAACGUAGUAUUUUUUAAUGUUUAAGCGACUGCAAAAUUAAAUAAAUAAAUAAAAUGUAGUAUAUAUUCAGUACAUAGAAUGUACAUUGUUAUGCAAAAUAUUCCGACCACCUCGUAAUUUCCAGAACACAAUUAUUAUAAAAUAAAUUCACGUACUUAGUUUCCAGUUUUUAUUUAAUUAAAAAUUGUUAUCUGUUGGUGUAAAAUAAAUUGUUAGUGUACCUAUUAAUUAAAUUAAAAACAAAAUUAGAAAUUCUAAGAUAGAUUAAUAAUUUUUAAAACGCUGUGUGAUUAUCGGGGGGCCAAAUUUUUUUAUGAAAAAAAGGUAAAAACAAAUCAGUAGUUAGCAUCAAAUUUUAAUGAAUGCAUACAGAUGAAACAUAAUUUUGAGUCGUCUUUAAAUAAGAUGUCUUAAUGACACAACUUAGUGGUUACUUUGGCAAAACACUCGUGUAAAUGAUUUUAAUUUAACGUUUUAGAACUGUGAGGUCAAAUGACAAAAUGAAUUGUUUUCCUAGAGUUAUCGUCCAUUUUGAAAUUUUGAGCGCCCUCUGUCGGAAUUUAAUUUUGCGAAUAUUUUCCAUUUUUUUAGAGUUAUGACACUUACGAAGUCGGGGUGCGACGUAUUGAAAUUAUUUAAAAAAAAUAAAAAGUCACGUCUAUUUUAUAUAUGUUAUGUCUAGAUAAGAAUUUAAUAUGCUGUAUACACUUUUUUGAUAAUUCUACUCUUUAUUUUUAAUUUAUUGUUUCAAGGCUGCUCGCUUUUGGUGGCUAAUUGUAUUUUUUAGUUUUUAGGGAUGUACUCAAUUUAUUUGUUUUAUGUAUGUAACUAUAGCACAAAUGAACAAGAGACAAAUACAAACCAGCUAAAAAACGAUUUUCUAUCGAUAACUUUGAAUUUUACCAUUAUUUAAAUCAAAGUAAGAAUUUUAAGCAAUAAUUCUAAGGGGAUCCCCGCACAAAGGUAAUAUUAGCUGAAAUAGCUUGUAUAAUAAAGAUUUUCUUUUAUAACCAAUAAAAAUAAUGAUACAUUGUUUUCGAGACAUCUAGGAUAUUGGUUGUAAUAAUUUCGACCUCACUUUUGAUCUGCAAAUGUGACAGAUAUUACCAAAUGCGAUGGGACAACAUCCAGAAUUGAGCAGACCACAGCCGCUUUUAGAAGGAUGUCCAAGGUAUGUAAAGGUCGCGUCUCACCAUCAAAUAAUUUGAUCAAACUGGUUUGAGCAAACUGAAAGUGACAGUUAGUGACGUCACAUCCUGAGUGUUGAUUGUGAAUAAUAACGAAAAAUUUUAAUUUUAAAUAAAGUACAAACAAGUUAGACAACUCAAUACAAAAAAUUUGAUCAAACUAGACUGAUAGUGAGAGCACAGAUUUUUAGAAUUUCAAAAAAACUGCAAUUGUGACGUCACUUUGACGUACUUCCGGAGUUUGCUCAAACUGUUUGAUCAAAUUAUUUGAUGGUGGGACGCGGUCUUCACAGACUUAAAAUUGGCAUUUCGGAUAAAAUUGGCAUCCGCCUACUUCGCUGCUAUGUGUUCUCGCUCUUACGUCAUGCUAUCGUAUCAUGGACUGUGAAUAAAAGUUAUCUAAAUCACCUUGAAGCUUUCGAAUUGUGGCGCUAUAGAAGAAUCUUAAAAGUUUCUUGGGUGGAGAAGACUCCCAAACUUCACAAUACUAGAACUUCUCAGCAAGACUACCGAGAUAAUAAAAAGCAUCAAGAAGAGAAAGCUGGAGUACUUGGGGCAUGUAAUGAGAGGUCCCAAAUAUAGGUUGUUACAAAAUAUUAUGCAAGGGAAAAUAGCAGGCAAACGCAAUCCAGGAUGAAGAAAGAAUUCAUGGUGGAAACACUUGUGAGAUUGAUAUAAUAUUGAUACAAGGAUGCAUUUAGGUUUAGCAGUGAAUAAAAUUAAGAUAGCUAUGAUGGUAACCAACGUUCUGAAAGGACGUGCUACGAAGAAGAGAAAAUAGGGCAACGUUAAGAGCUGUCUUGCACCAACUUAAGCUUCGCUAGCUCCUCAGUAAGCAAAAGCAAGCUAAAACCGUUGUAGAAGGUUUGGUAACCACUGCUGCAUUCCUAGCUAGAAACUUCAGGCAGAAAUAAUUCCAUAUCAUGAUCGAAAAACAAUAUAUCGUUACAAAAACACUGGCCGUAAAAGCCUCUACAAUAAAAAUCAAUUUAAUUUGUCUUCCGGCAACUAGUGGUCAACACAAUAAUUCCAUUUACUAAUAUAUCUGUAAUACUGUUGUGCAUUAUUUCACUGAUCAGGUCCAGUACACGGUUGGGACAACUCUCAACACUCUGACAUCUCUAUGCCUAUGCCCUUUGUGACCUACACCAUUAAAGGAGUUUGAAGAAAUUGUUUAGCUGGCUAUUUGUUCUUCAACUUCAUUUACAGCUUUCUUUACAUAUAUUCACAUCGUACAUGCUUCUCCUCCAAAUAUUUUAAUGAGUAUACCAAGAUUCGCACACCGUUGCGUCUUAAUUUCCACAAAUAAAUCGUUUUUAUUUGCCAUUAUACCAUUACUAGUUUAAGGACCCUUUUACAGUCCACUUCUUGUAGAUUUGAUCGGUUACAAUACCCCACCACUCCGCUCUGACGUCAUAAGCCACGCCCACAAAGAUGGUGGCGACAUCUGUCAAUUGCUCUUUCAACUGUUUUAUGUCUAAUUUUGUUUCAUGGCCUUUAAAUAAUCUCUUUUAACGUUUCUGACAAAAUACUUGUACAAAAUACAUAUUUAAAGCCAUACGUUUAUUUAGAAAUUAUGUUGUUCUCUUUCUAUUUUUUCAACUAUAGUCUUUUUUCUGACUCUAUGGCUCGUAUGACAUAUGCCUCAUCCACGAUUCAAUUAAACUUUCCUGUCCAGUGCCAGUUGACAGCCAUUCAUUAUAUCGGUCUACCAUUAAAGCUUUAGUCAGUGAUAACAGCUUAGAUCGUUGUCUGUCAUAUACUUCCCAGUGUAUUUAAUUGGUUAAAAUGUUCAUAACCUCACAACUUUCUCACAUUUCUGUGGUCUGAUCUUAUUUUUCCUUCUCCCUUUGUAGUGCUUUGGUGCUUAACUGUUAAAUUUUCUCGGUAUUGUUAUAUAGUGUAGAGGCAUGUACGCUGACAAUCAAUGCAAGAAUAAAUCGAAGGCAUUUGACACAUAGGUAUCUUAAAAUAAUAAAGUAGCUAUCCAGGAAAGACUCCAAAUGAUGAACAAACGAAAAGAGUUGUUAAUUAAAACUGCAGUAUCUGUACUAAAAUUGCCCUGAAGUUAGCUAACAUUUAUCGCGAAGAUGACACUUGAAGAAAAUGAAGGUUUUCUGCAAUAGCCUCUUUAGUGCACUAAUCAAUCUCUAUAAUAAUAACUCUUGUCUGUUUUUUAACUUACAAGGGUAAUUUCUAGUGUAUUAAAGUCUUGGGGCAUAUGAGAAAGACAAUAGUUGUACUCUUCAAGCUACAAUAUUAUUCCUGGAUUUGAUCCAAGGUGUUUAGUUCGCAGGCUGUGCAGACUUGAUACCUAUAGAUUUUUUUACAAACACCUGGAUGAUUGACAAAAUUGAUGGAAAUUUGGGAGUCCCAAGUGAUCGUAAACCAUCUCUACCAGGUCCUCAAAAUUUUUUACCAUAGUAUUUUUAUUUAACUUUGUUUAUAUACGAGCACGCAUGUUAUAUGUCCUAUAAGUGCUACAAGAGCUGUUAAAUGUAUUGAUUUCUUCAAGUACUUAUUAUUUUUUAAUUAUAUUAGAAAAUCAAGAAGAUAAAUCCUGUAAAUAGGGUUUCUUGCAGCUACUUUGAUUCUAUUUGGUUUGUAUUUAUUGAAUAUAAUAUAUUUCCAUCCACCACAUCGGUCCAAAAUAUAUAUAGGGUAUGCCAUCCUCAAAGUAAGAAGCAUGGCACACCCUGUAGACAUUUACGGCUUCCUAAUUAAAGUUGUGCCUGUAUUCAUGUGUGCUAAAAAGGUCUAAUGUGCUUAAAUCGAACUGAAAUAUAGAGCUUUUGUAUUACUUAUAAAAAUGUUUUUGGUCUUAAUAAUGUUGAAUGAAAUAUAUGGAGAUAUUUAUUGUACUUCAUAGAAUAUAUUUAUAUUACAAUAAAUAUUAUAGUUUCGUGA